CGCCGUCAUCUCCACUCUCGACGGCAACGACGCAUGUCGCGGCUGUUCUCGCUCCUGGCGCUCGACCUCGACGGUACACUGCUGAAUACCUCGAACCGAGUGAGUGCGCGCACAGCAGCUGCCAUCCAGCGCGUGGCUGCCACGGGUGCUAUUGUGUCGCUUUGCUCGGGUCGGUCCAUUGCCUGCAUGGCGGAUGCUGAGCGGCAACUUGGCCUGGCCCAUCCUUGCGUGGUCCUGUCAUGUAAUGGAGCUGCGGCAUUCGACUCCAAGCGCCGUCCGCUCUACGUAGACACGAUGUCGGCGGACAGCGUGCGCACUGUCCUACGUGCCGCCGAAGACAUGCAUCGCUGCGUCAAUUUGUACGACGAAAUUCGUGGAAUCAUACACGUGCGCCCAACACACCCCGCACAUCACGACCUCAUCCACCGAUACAGAACGCGCACUGGCGCACAGUUCAAUGUUGUCACCGCCCACGAUCUCGACGCUGUUGCCCCGUGCCAAGUGGCAGUGCUCGGUGACGAUCCUGCUCAGAUCUAUGCCGAGCUUGUGAACCGGGUCUCGUCCGACUUGAAAGUGAACUCGUACAGCUACUUUGUCGAAUGCGUACCCCGUCACAUCAACAAAGGCAUUGGGUUGCAUCGACUGGCGCAACAUUUGCAGGUCCCAAUGGAGGAGACGGUGGCGUUUGGCGAUGGCGCGAAUGAUUUGGAGUUUGUCGAGGCCGCUGGGAUGGGGGUGGCGAUGCAGAACGCGAUUCCGUCCGUCAAGCUUGCCGCAAACAAGGUCACAGAGCACUCCCACGACGACGACGGAGUCGCCGUGGAGCUUGAAGCGAUGCUUUUGCAAGGAGCUUUCGGCCCCCCGCCAUCGUCCGACAUGCUUGCUUCCUCCGUUGGCUAGAUUUACCGAGAUUUCGACAUAUCGAUGUGAAUAAACAUGUCAAGUUUACUCGUG